UUCGUAACGAACUUGUCCUCGGACACAUGAUUCUCAAACGAUUUUACGAGGACAAUUUGGCCCGUGAGCUUAGUCCUUCACAGAAACGAUAUGUGGGUUAUUUCUCCGGGCUGGUUACCGGAGCACUGAUCUUACAAGAUCGUUUGGUUUAUUUGCACGCUGUGGUCUACCGGAAUCCAUCACGCGGCCGUUUACUAAGUACAACAGCUACCGUGGGAGCCAGCCUGGAACCGAUCGCCGAAGCUAACAGCUCCGAUAACAAUAAUAACAACCACGAGGACCACAACCAUGUCCAAAUGGACACUUCAAUUUACGCUCAUCCGGACGACUUGCGACCACUGCCUCCGGACGGUCAACAGCCAUCCGUGGUUCCACCAGGACCGGAGUCACGUCUGUUUGAAUGGAGCCCCACGCAACCGGCUCCGGUGAGUGUUUGGGAUUGGGGCCGUUUGGCAAGUAUGGAUUACGCAACCGCGGGUAUAGAUGAAUCACAACAAACAGGUCCUUCUGGUUCCACGUAUCGAGUGAACGGGAUUUUUCCAACCGAGCAGGAAAGGCUAUGUGAUUUGACGAGUACCAUUGAGCGUGAGAUGCGCACUGGACGAGGUGAUGGUGGUGCUGAUGAACUUGUGGGUGAUGGGAGUGUUGCGGAUACGGGUGGAACUACAGACUGGACUCGAGGAUUGCACUCCUUGCGCACAUUCAUGGAGGGAGAUGGAGGCAUUUUACUGAAAAUUUAUCAGAAUUUGAAACUGAUGCACACAACACGGUUACUGUGUCCAAACAUUAACAUUUGUGUGGAAAAUUAUGUUUUUCCCAUUGAACCUGUGCUUCCAUUACAUGGAGACAUUCUGAUUGCGUGCUACCUACGACCGGAUAUUUCGUCCAAUCUGCAGGAGAUUAUUUUUCGACUUCAAUUCCACACUUGUGCUACCAGUUCGGAAAAGCUCAGCUUUUUCAAACACGAUCUGGAUGAGGCUUGUUCCGGUAAGUGUUUUGUACUCAUUCACCCGGUCACUUUAUAUUCUCGUUUAAACAAUAUGAUUCUUCUUGGAAGUGCCAUAGCACGGCGGGAGUAA